AUGAAAUCUGAUCUCAAUUCGCAAUACGAGGGAGCUGGUACUGUCUCUGACAAGAUAAAAGUAAUUAUAUUCGUAGAAUUAGGCGUCAGAUACACCAGUUACAUCCAAUCACCAAAGAAAACUCGCGCUCUUAUGCUAGGACUCAUAAAAUAUGCUCCACAAGAUAAAGGUGUUGCUGAAAAUGCUUUGUAUUCCCGCAAGAGCCUCGAGACCUGUCAUCUUUGGGGACGACCCCAAAUGGCACUUUGUAACGAAAUACCCGAACGAAGUUACCAACCUGGAUUCCAAGAUGUGUUCGGUGACUUUAUGUACACCAUCAGGAAUCACCCCAACGAUGACCUUUAUCCCGAAGAAAAAUAA